ACUUAAUGUGAUCAACUACUAGAAGAUCGUGUAGGAUCGAUGGACCCCGUUAAUUUUCGCGUCUAAUUUCAGUUCCGGGAAAGAAAUAGAAGAUGUCCGUUGUAAGUUCAGUAUAGAUAAGUAAGAGCAAGGUUAAAAAAAGAUGGAAGUGACUUCUUUGAAUUUUGAAGAAGUCCUUGUGGAAUUGGAUGAAGUUAUAAAAAAUGGAACAUUCCUUGCCAUUGACGGUGAAUUCACAGGACUGAAUUCAGGGCCUGAUGCUGGUGCCUUUGACACACCUGCUCAGUAUUAUGGAAAAUUGAGAUCAGGAUCAAUGGAUUUUCUUCUUAUACAAUUUGGCCUUUCUGUAUUUACAUUCAAUACACAAACUCAAAAGUACAAUCAACGGUCAUACAAUUUUUACGUUUUCCCGCGUCCCCUAAACCGUACAGCUACGGAUUUGAGAUUCAUGUGUCAGACAUCCUGUAUGUCGUUUUUGGCAUCGCGAGAAUUCGACUUCAAUAAACUUUUCAAAUUAGGCAUUCCUUAUUUAACAGCAAGCGAAGAAGAAAAAUUGAUCAAACGAUUGGAGGAAAAGCAAAGGAUAAGGGAUGAAACAUUAGAGAUUUUGCCUAUUUCGGAUGUUGAGAGGCCUCAAAUCGAAGAUAUUUGUAGAAAGAUGGAUGAAUUCAUCACUUCUGAAGAAGAAGAACUAGUGAUUGAUAAGUGUAGUGCUUUUAUCAGACGACUAGUUUAUCAGGAAGCAAAGCUGAGGUGGCCAAAUAAAUUGAGGAUUGAAAGUAAAAUGGAGAAUUUUGGAUGUAGUCUCGUUGUACAAAGAUUAGGAACUAAAGAAGAAGAAGAACAAAGGGAGAUUGAAAAAAGAGAGAAAGAAAGGACAGAAAUUCAACAUGCAGUUGGAUUAAGUAAACUCAUGAGAAAAAUUGCAGAUUCUGGAAAGUUAUUAGUUGGUCAUAAUAUGUUACUAGAUCUCUGUCAUAUAAUACAUCAGUUUUUUGGAUAUUUGCCAGAAUCAUAUUUGGAAUUUAAGUCUCUUCUUCAUAGUCUAUUUCCAAGAAUUUUAGAUACAAAAAUAAUUUGCCAUUCGCAGCAAUUCAAGGAAAAUGUACCAUCGUCGAAUUUAGGUAUAUUGCUAGAAACAGUUAGUAAAUCACCGUUUAAAAUUACAGAAGUGGAACCUAUCGAUGACAGAAGUUAUUCAACGCUGACAGAAAAAUGUCACGAGGCCGGUUACGAUGCAUAUAUAACUGGAAUAUGUUUCAUUGCAUUGUCUAAUUAUCUUGGUUCCUUACAAAACCCCGAAGUGCCGAUAGUUUUAUCGGAUUCAUCAUUACUCGACCCUUUUAUAAACAAACUCCUCAUAGCAAGAUUGAAAGAUAUUCCGUACAUAAACCUUGUCGGAGAAGAUCCUAAUCCAAAUAGAGAUCAUAUAUUACAUAUAACAUUCCCGAAAGAGUGGAGGUUUAAUGAUAUAUCUCAAUUGUUUAGUCCAUUUGGAGGUGUGCAUGUGUCAUGGCUAAAUGACACGUCUGCAUACAUAGGACUACACCGUCGAGAUCAAGUUAACGCAGUAAUGAAAAUUCUAGGUAAAACGAAUACCUAUAAGAUUCAAAGGUAUGCUGAUUAUCAAGCUUCUGUAGGGGUGACCGUUGGUGCAGGAGAUCGUAAACGGAAAUUAUUAUCGUCUGAAACUGUUUCGCCGAAGAAAGGGGAAAACUCUGUGCCAACGAACGGCGUGAAGACUACUAAGGACGACGAUGGCUGGGAAGUAGCCACAGGUAAUGACCUCGAAUUAUCAUCAGAGUCCAUCAUCCCUUGCUCCUAUCCUCAUGAACGAUCGAGAGCCACGUCGAAGCCCCGUAGUUAUCACGAGGCCGACGAGACGCUCUUAUUUGAGCAAAUGAAGGUCGAGCAGAAAAUCAGAUUAAAGAACAGCCUUAGUUUGCCUAUGGAUUUCCAGAACGAACAAAAGAAGGACGCGGUACCGAAAUACACGACAAUGAAACGAAACGCGGUAACUGAUAACGAUUACAAGGUAGACGAUACGAGGGAAGUUCCAAAAAAUACUGAAACUAAGUCGUCGAAUAUGGCCAAAGACAAUCGUUAUAAUUCGUUGAUAUUAAACAAUCGUAACUGCAAGCCGGGAAAGACAAAGAAAAGUAAUUCUAACAAAGGCACGAGUCAACAAUCUGUAUCAAUGCAAACUGGUUCGUGUAGCAAUAAAUUACCUGAGAGAAAGUCAUCCGUUUCGACAAAGUAUAAAGAAAGUGAAGCGUCAGUUGAAUCUUCGUUUUCCUUGAAAAAGACGGCUAGUACAACUUCGUCCCCCUCGACUAGUCCUCAUCUAGGAAACCGGACUAAAAAACAAUCGAAAACGAAACCGAUAGUGGUAGAGAAAUUCUGUAACUCGAAAAAUACCUUGGCGCUUGAUAAAAAAAAGUUUUGCUCAGAUAAUAAAAAACAAAAUGCUUCAGAAUUGUUCUUUAAUCCAUCUGAUUCAAGUUGGAUUGAACAACGAUUUAGCGGAGGAAAAUGUUUGUUUAUCAUAUUAGCAAAAGUUUUUACUAUAAUUUUUCUUUAUUACAUUGCGAUUAAGACGGAUUGAAGGAAGUGAAACGUGAUUUUUACAUGAGUUUCGAAGAAUAAUGUUGUUGACAACGGAACGAUAGCUGAUUGUUUCUGGUGCUCGAUCGUCAAUUCCUUAAAUUUACUUAAUUUGUUUCUACUUUAAAGCAUAAAUAGUUCGAUGACAUGUUUUUAGAAAGUAUUUAUUUUUUAAUUGAAAAGAGGCCCUGGGUACUAUAAAGUCAAGGAGGGGAAUCCUUGUUUUAUGCUAUAUUGUUAGUAUAUAUGAUUUUCAUUAUUUAAUGAUCAUGUUUUCUUUUGUAUUUAAUAUUUUAUACAUUUGUUUUCAUAAAAUAUUUCAUUUGAUAAAUGUAUAGAACUUGCAAUUAUUAUGCAACGGAACUGAAAUUGAAGCUACAUGUGACGACAUAUACAAAAUGUCUCAACUAUCGUGGCAGCGAACCGAAUGGUGAUUUCUCAUGUAAAGAUAAGUUAAAGAUGCAGAACAAGAUGUUUGUAUAUGCAACUUCGUUUACGAGGAGAAUUUUGUCGAAAUUUGAUCCAGAUACACAUCUACUGAUUAUAAAACAAAGUCUCAUAUGCAAAAUGUUUGUUUUGUACACUUUACUUCGCCGUAGGGAAUCUCCAUCUGCCUAUCCACGAUGGCUGGGCGUUUUGUAUACAAUUUAAAUAAUGACCACUCUAAAAAAGCGGAUAUAUAAAUCGAUGCCAUAAAAGUGGAAUAAUAACAUCAUAAUAAUUAGCAUAAUGAUGUUCGAUUAGAACUCUUAUAUUAUAAAACUACGUGUUUUAAGACUUUUGCAAUUAAUAAUUAUUAAAAGAAUGGAUAUACGCUUUUUAGGAAAGUUAUUUAUCAGAAUGCGUUUUUGAGGCAUUUUUAUAAACUAAGAAUUUUAUAUAUUUACAUUUUUACAUUUUAUUUAAGAAAGUUUUUACACUCUUUUUUAUAUAUGGGUCUUUUACAUCCUACUUAAGGAAAGAAAAGACAGAAUUGUUGCACUUUACAUAAGAAGGUUCCUUGUAAUUAACGAUUUACAUACCGUGAGACAAUACAUUGUGAAAGACAAUUUCGAUUUUGUUAUGUGCAAAAUUUAUGAAAUUGUGGUCACUUGUAACUGUAUUCCUGUGAUUAGAUUGUUAACUUAUUAAUGUUGUAUUAAUUGAUAAGAGAAAUUGUAUUACUCAAACUACUACGCUGCUUUCAAACAAAAAUUUCAAUUUUGUUUAAAAUUUGUACUGACUCGUGAUAUUUACCAUAAAUUACAAAAUAUAGAACGAAAUUACUCAAAAUACUUCAUUCUACUUUUAUUGUCGGAUUUUACAAAAUUAUUUUAUAUUUCACCUGUAUAAUAGAAAUAUCCAAUUCCAUAAAUUGACAACUAAAAUAAGUACAAUCUUGUAAUCUUUAUUUUUUAUAAUGGAAUGAUUAGUAGAAUUAAAACUGUAGUGUCGAGACAAGAUUUGUUGUCUACGAAUCAUUCGAAUAUUUUAUAACACAUUUGUUACGUCUCAUAUUAAUGAUGAUAUUGUAAUGUUUCAAAAGAAUGACUGUAUGAAAUAGAAAAUUUCCUAAUUUACAACACGUUAGUGAUAUGUUUUAUUUCUCUUUUUUUUCUGUUUGUGUGUGUCGAAAUACUAUAUAAAUUCACCUAUGAGGUAGUCGAUUAAAAAUGAAGUAUUAGUACCAACUAAUAAACUCGAAGGGUUAUGUCGUCGCGCAUAAACCGAUU